AUGUUCAAGAGUGCAAUUUUCGGUGUGGCAGCUGUCUUGGGUCAGAGUCAAACGACAGUCAAGGAAUUCGAAUUCGGGAGGAUAAGUGUGGGAGGCGGAUUUCAGUCGGUUCGCGCUUUUGAGCUAGAAAACGAUUUCAUAACAUGUACAAUUCUUUCAUACGGAGUCACUUUUCAAAAAAUCCUCGUUCGCGACCGAACCAGCAUUUUCGACGAUGUUUUGAUGGGCUUUGACAACAUCGACGACUACCUCAAAAACAACGACUACGUUGGCGGAGUUCUCGGCCGCUAUGCGAAUCGAAUCAAGGGCGCUUCUUUCUCUUUAUACGGCCAGACGUACUAUUUGAACCCGACGAGUUGGGACGAAAAUCACAUUCACGGUGGAACUUUUGGCUUUGAUAAAGUUGUCUGGUCGGGGAACAAAUUGACUAAUGGGGUUGAAUUCUUUCAUUCUUCCCCUGACGGGGAUGAGGGAUAUCCUGGCAAGCUCGAUACGAUUAUUACCAUCCGCCUGAAUCAGCACGAAAUAGAUGUUACUUAUGAAAGUAGAACGAAUAAGCCGACCCAUGUUAAUAUCAGCCAUCACUGGUAUUUUAACAUGAAUGGACAUAUGAACUGGGGAUCGGUUGAUGACUUGAAGCUCAUUGUUCCGACAGAGACUUAUUUGGAAACUGACGAGGAAAACAUCCCGACCGGUCGAGUCAUGCCUGUCGAAAUGACCCCUUUUGACCUCCGAUCCGGCCAAUUUCUCACACAAAAUCUUUUAACCUCCGUCCCCGGAGGCCAUGGACUGGAUCUUUGCUACACUUUUCCCGACGACAGAAAACUCAGACAGGUAGCGAUUCUUGCGGCUCCCUACAGUGGAAGAUUGCUUGAGCUGAAGUCGACAAAUCCGGGGAUGCAAGUUUACACGGCGAAUUGGGUUCCGGAUAGCGUUGGAAAAUAUAAUAUUCCCUAUGGUAAACAUACUGCUGUGGCUUUGGAACCGCAGUUCUGGCCAGACUCGCCCAAUCAGCCGCAAUUCCCCUCAACCUUGUUGGUACCUGGCCAGUACUACAAGCAACAGACGACACUGGCUUUUUACAGAAUCUAA